AGUGGAGAGGGUGUGCCAGAUACACAAUCACUGAUCAAUCAAAUGGAAGCAAUGUUUCAGAAAUUAAUGACCCAAACUGUCUCUACCAAACUUCCAACAACUGCGGCAGGUUCUGCAGAACCGAUACCAUGGCAAAUCGAUAAGCGUUUUGAUGAGCUUUCUAAACAACUUAAACAAUUGGAGCAGCAAACCACGCAGCGCCCAGCUUAUUCUGCCAGUGUAGCGGCUUAUGAUCAACCACAAUCUGUUCCUCCGCGUUUUAACCAAACGUGCAAUUGGCAAGGACCGCCUACUCGCCAAAUUGACCAGAUGCAGAGGCACAUAAAUCGGCUGGAAAAUGAACUUAGGCGUUACCAAAAUCCACGUCGUCCUGAUUUACGCUCCUAUAGUCGCAAUUUUCGCACAGUAGAGAGGGAUCCUAUUUGUUCCUUUUGCCAACAUGUAGGACAUGCUUGGUGCACUUUCCAACAGUGUAGUAGGAAUCCACGACUUCCGCCAAACCAGGUUCGUUUUUCUAACAGACCUCAAUUUUCAGAGCAGCCUAGCAGUCGUCAGUUCGCAGUUAAACGAGUGAGGGCUCUAGCCGGAAGCUCUUUUCUCCGAGCAAGAGCCAAUUUAAGACCACCGCACAUCGCGUCUUAUGAUGCUGAUAAUGUAAAUAUUUCACGAUUUAAUUAUUGUGAGGAGAGGAUUUAUUGUUAUUCAGUUAUUUUGCUUUUGCUGGUAAAAAUAGGAAAAGCCAAUGUAGGAAUCCUUUAUUCUUUAGUCUUAACUUCUUUAAGCCGUAAACAACCUGUUGAUUUAUUGAGCAUAAACUUGUUUGUCCAGUCAUAAUUGUAUUUAGUCUUCAAGCUGUGAUCAACCUGUAACAAGCCGUUAUCCACCUGUGUAGCUUUUGAAAGUAAUUAACGUUUUAAAUGUCACAGCCGAUAUUUUAAUGUUAUCUUNCAGAACCGAUACCAUGGCAAAUCGAUAAGCGUUUUGAUGAGCUUUCUAAACAACUUAAACAAUUGGAGCAGCAAACCACGCAGCGCCCAGCUUAUUCUGCCAGUGUAGCGGCUUAUGAUCAACCACAAUCUGUUCCUCCGCGUUUUAACCAAACGUGCAAUUGGCAAGGACCGCCUACUCGCCAAAUUGACCAGAUGCAGAGGCACAUAAAUCGGCUGGAAAAUGAACUUAGGCGUUACCAAAAUCCACGUCGUCCUGAUUUACGCUCCUAUAGUCGCAAUUUUCGCACAGUAGAGAGGGAUCCUAUUUGUUCCUUUUGCCAACAUGUAGGACAUGCUUGGUGCACUUUCCAACAGUGUAGUAGGAAUCCACGACUUCCGCCAAACCAGGUUCGUUUUUCUAACAGACCUCAAUUUUCAGAGCAGCCUAGCAGUCGUCAGUUCGCAGUUAAACGAGUGAGGGCUCUAGCCGGAAGCUCUUUUCUCCGAGCAAGAGCCAAUUUAAGACCACCGCACAUCGCGUCUUAUGAUGCUGAUAAUGUAAAUAUUUCACGAUUUAAUUAUUGUGAGGAGAGGAUUUAUUGUUUUUCAGUUAUUUUGCUUUUGCUGGUAAAAAUAGGAAAAGCCAAUGUAGGAAUCCUUUAUUCUUUAGUCUUAACUUCUUUAAGCCGUAAACAACCUGUUGAUUUAUUGAGCAUAAACUUGUUUGUCCAGUCAUAAUUGUAUUUAGUCUUCAAGCUGUGAUCAACCUGUAACAAGCCGUUAUCCACCUGUGUAGCUUUUGAAAGUAAUUAACGUUUUAAAUGUCACAGCCGAUAUUUUAAUGUUAUCUUUAUGAACGGAAGUCAGUUUCAUCAGAGCGUUAUUGUAAUACUCAGCAAAUCUAGUUUUAACUCUUUCGUAUCUUACUAAAACUCCGCACCUAAACGGCGUGCAUUAUGCAAAAUGGCAGGCAGAAAUAGGUGUCCAAAAAAUGGACAACUUGACAUGUAAUUUCAAUAGAACACGUGUACUUUUCUAGGUGUCCCUUUGUUAGACGAGAACUAUUUGCAUUUCAAAGGAACAACUGUUCUGCUCUGUUCAUUUAGCUCAAUUUACAACACGCGUUUCCCGAGAGAUCCAGGAACUGAAAUGGUAGUUUUCUAAUUUCACCAUAUAGAAGCAGUCUUUUAACCAAUCGAAUUGUAACCCGUUGUUCUGCUUGCAUGUGUAUUUUGAAUAGGUUUUUGUAUUCUUUAUGAUAAUUUAACACCUGUGUUUACUUAAGACAGUUUAAAAGUAGCGCUUAAACUGCUGUUAAUUGAUUACCUGUACGAUUACCUACGACGCCUAUCGAUGAGCUUAUUGAGUGUGAAGUACUUUUUACGAGGUUUACUCUACAAUAAAGAAGUUGCAGCAUUAUAGAGAAGUUUCAGUUUUUGUCCGAAAUCUAGUACUCUGGGACGUGGAAAUAACACCCUGUAACUCUGGCAGAAGUAACGGGUGCCGGCAGCAAGCCAGUCGCUCUUCCAAAUUGCAGUUUCCCGCCAGUAUUUCCCAUUAGCAGAUCAAUAUUUGCUAAUUCUCAAAUCAUCGUGAGGAGCCUUAGUUCCUUUGUUUACCGAGUUCGACUUUCCUGCUAAUUUGGUUAGUAAGACCGAAAGCCGCCUGACGCAGUGAAAUUUCCUCCCGUUACAUAAAACUAGCUUAUGUUUCUCUUCAGGAGUGGUACACUCCUCCUCAAACGCCCCCAUCUAAUAGCUUGCAUGUGAAUGCUUUGAUUCACAGGUACACCCUCCAUCAGAUAGUCUUUAUGUCUAUGGCUCUAUCGCCGACCGAUCCACCCUAAUGUUGGUUGAUACCGGUGCCUCAGUCACUGCGGUA